AUGGAAGCAGUGCGGCUCUCCCUGGUUCAGGUGGCCACAGAGGCAGCAGAAGCGCGACGGACCUGUUCCGGUUCCUGUUCUGUUGUUGUUGACGUUAGCAGUGAUAAUAAGUGAGGCUGCUUCUCCUCACUCUGUCGCCCUCGCACGCUCUCUCACGCUCUACACCGCGUUCUGCAUCUCUCCCAACCCAGCUUCUUCUACUCCUCUACUGCUUCCUUCAGCCCCUACCUCUCCUACCUCCUUCAUUCACCCCACCCCACCUCUACCCCCUUCCCCCCUGCUGCGUUGCCUCUCUUGUGGUGCCUCCCAUUGUCUCUCUCCCCCUCUUUCCUUCCUCAUGCGCCACUGAGCUCCUGGGGAUCGCCCUUGCUCUUCGAUGGGGCCUAAAUGUGCGUUCCUCCUCGUGCACUGCCUCUUCCUCCUGCUGCUUCAAGGAACAGUGGAAGCUGGUGUUGUGAAAUACGGCCUUGAAGGCAGUCGAGAGGAGGCGACCUCUCCAGAGGAGGUGGUUAGGUUGCUCAAGAAACACUCAGUUAAGAGAGUCACGUUCUUCGGUGCCAACCCCUCGAUCCUUAGGGCCUUGGGGAAUUCCUCUAUCAAUGUGAAAAUUGGACUCUACAAUUUUGAAGCGGAACACUUGGCUGAAGACUCGAACAACGCCCUUCAAUGGGUGAGGACGAACAUAUCACCGUUCAUGAGAGACACGAAUAUUACUGGACUGUAUGUGGGUGCUGACGUUCGCUCACAAAUGGUUCCGCUCGCUAUGCAUCUCGAGCUGGCCGUGGGAAAUCUUAUAGAUGCUUUGGGGGAAGAACAGCUUACCUCUCGAAUCCAAGUGUCUUUUUCUAGUUCUAUGUCUACAUACAGCGAUGAGUUUCCUGUCGCAAGCUUGCUAACCAGCAAGAUUGGACAGAAUCAAACGUUUGUCAUUGAUAUCAGGAACUAUUGGACGCCAACAUUUACGAAUCACAGACGGCUUGGCGAUGGCAGGGGGUUUGUUUGGUGUGUAGUACGAAGGGACGCUAACGUUUACGACGUUCAGUCUGCUCUGAAUUGGGCUUGUGCUAGAGUAAAUUGUGGUCCGACAUAUGCAGGUGGCAGAUGUUUCAUUCCCAACAGCAUUUGGGAUCAUUCCUCUUGGGCUUUUAAUGCAUAUUUCAACAGCAUGAAUGGAGCUCCAGAAUCCUGUAACUUUUCGGGCACUGCCUACAUUAGCUCGAACGAUCCAAGUUCGGAGCAGUGCUUCUACCAAGGCACCAACAGAGCCUUGGUCGUCGGCGCUGCCAACACGCAUGUAAGGACAGUAGCGCUUUCCCUCACAGCCUCCCUCUUCACAUACUUACUAGUGCACCUCGUUUUGUAGACACAAGCUCAAUUUCAACAGCAGUAUCCACAGCAUGGAACCACUAGCUUGAUACAUCAUUUGUUUCUAAAGGGAUGCAGUAUGGCCAGCACAUCUGAUUCUUUCCACUUAUACCAUGGUGAAGUUGAGAUGCCCCACGGCUGUCUUCAGUGCAGCAGCAACCGGGCUCUGUGAUACUCUGCUGCAUGAAGUGAUGUGGCUUCUGUCUUGUACACACAUAUUAAUUACUUGCUAGGAAAUCCAAUGACGUCAUUUUGAGACACUUCCAUCGAAGUUCACUAUAAUGCCUCGGUAACUUAGUGUUUUAUUACUUUAGUUCCAAUUUAACCUCCUUCUUGUACUUCUAAGGAAUUUACGUGUUUAUUUCAUCAAUACCUAACAUGAAGUUGUUUAAUUUCGAGAA